AUGGAAGUCGAUUGGGAUCUUCAUGCCGUCGUCAGAGGUUACUCCGCCGCGCCCUCUGCUGCUACCAUUGUUCCCGCUUCCUCUUCUUCUUCUUCUUCUUCUUCUUCUUCCAAUAACCCUGUCGUCCCUUUUUCUUUUGGUAGAGACCUAACCAACAAUCAAAUGAAAAACCAUUUCUUCUCUCUUCAAGAUCCAUUUCAACCCUCUAAUUGUAAUUCCACUCAAGAAUUGCAUGAGCUUUUCAAACCCUUUUUCCCUAAAUCUCAACCAUCUCCUUCUCCUCCGCCGCCUCCUCCUGCACCGCCUGCUCCGUCGCUUCUUUCUUCUCCUCCGGCUCCUAAAAUUUUGACUCAUCAGAAACAGAGCACCCAUCUCCCUAAACAACUCCAUUCAACCUCUGCUUCUGCUCCGAGAUCCAAACGCCGGAAGAAUCAGCUGAAGAAGGUUUGUCAAGUUCCGGCGGAGUCUCUGUCUUCGGAUAUUUGGGCUUGGCGAAAAUAUGGACAAAAACCCAUUAAAGGAUCUCCAUAUCCAAGGGGAUAUUAUAGAUGUAGCAGUUCGAAGGGUUGCAUGGCCCGAAAACAAGUGGAGAGGAACAGAUCCGACCCGGGAAUGUUCAUAGUCACUUACACGGCGGAGCACAACCACCCGGCGCCUACUCACCGCAACUCUCUCGCCGGCUCCACCCGUCAGAAACCCAUCACACCGUCCACCACCGCGUCCGGAUCUGAAAAACUCGACCCGAAACAACCGGUCUGCUCGUCGGAAGAACAAAGUACGAUCACGGAGAGCAAAGAAGAGAAAGAGGAAUUAUUAAUGGCCGAAGAUGAAGAAGACGACGAUCUGGGAAUCUCCGAUUUGAUCGUGAACGACGAUUUCUAUGUGGGUUUUGAAGAACUUGACAGCCCAAUAACCGACGACUGCUUUUCCGAUCCAUUCCCGGCCAACUUCGACCUUCCAUGGUUGUUUAACGGAAAUCCAGACGGCGAAAUUGUAAAACUCCCUUGUUAA